AUGGAGUCUUCUGAACUUUUGAGCAUCUUGGUGCUAUCCCUCCUUCUAGUGAAUGUCCAGGGACCUGCUCUCACUGACUGGUUCUUUCCCCAGAGAUGCCCCAGAAUCCAGGGUAAUUGUGAAUUCAAAGAAAGGGAUGAAUGUUCGAAGAACAAAAAGUGCCUGAAGCAUGAGAAGUGUUGCUUCUUCAGCUGCGGAAGAAAAUGCUUAAACCUCCAACAAGACAUAUGCAGUAUGCCCAAAGAAGCUGGCCCCUGCAUGGCUCUUUUCCAUCGUUGGUGGUAUGAUAAGACAAAUAAUACUUGCUCCAGCUUCAUCUAUGGUGGUUGUAAAGGAAACAAUAACAACUUCCAAUCCCAAGCUGUAUGCCAGAGUGCCUGCUCCGCAAAGGGGCAGUGUCCCCGAAACAGGGUAAGAUGUGAAAUACAAGAAAGAGACCUAUGUACGAACAGCAGAGAUUGCCCAAAGAAGAUGAAAUGUUGCAUGUUUAGCUGUGGAAAGAAAUGUUUAGAUAUCAGCAAAGAUGUGUGCACUUUGCCAAAGGUUCCUGGCCCCUGCAACGCCUUCUUUGUGCGCUGGUGGUAUGAUGAGCAAAAAGAAAUCUGCUCCUCAUUUAUCUAUGGAGGUUGCCAAGGGAAUAAUAACAACUUCCAAUCUGAAGGUGUCUGCCGUGCUAUCUGCCCCCGGAGAAUUGCAUCAUGCAGGAUAUUGGUUGUGGCCCCUGGACUCUCUAGUUGUGGCUGGAGCACUCUGGAGGCCAUGAGCUUCAGCCAUUGCAGUGCGUAA